AUCGAUUCAGGUUUCAUUGUAACUUUUGGCCCAUCUCCCGAUGACUUCCUGCUCCUCCGUGUUCACAGACUAAACUCAUUUCAGAAGCAGACUCAUCCUCACAAGCCAGUCUCGACAUCAUGCGUGCCCUCCGAUACUACGGCAUUGAGGAUAUCCGCCUGGAGGACAUCCCCGAGCCAGAGUGCCGGCCAGGCUGCGUCAAGAUCAAGCCAAACUUUGUGGGGAUCUGCGGCAGCGACAUCCACCUGUACUACGACGAGGCCGUCUCCACAAAGCCCGACUUUGCCCACCCGCUGACAAAGGACGAGAAGAUGCCCGUCGUCUUCGGCCACGAGUUCGGCGGCGUCGUGACGGAGGUCGGCGAGGGCGCUGGCACUCGGGCCCGCGUCGGCGACCUCGUGGCGGUGCGGCCCUCGCUCUACGACGGCACCUGCGAGGCCUGCGCGGCGGGCCACACCAAUGUCUGCCAGGCGUGGGGGUGGCGGGGCAUCCACGCCAACGGCGGGCUCGCCGAGGCCGCCGUCGUCGAGGCCAAGACCGUCUUCCGCCUGCCCCCCGGCACGGCGCCCGAGCUCGCGGCGCUCGUCGAGCCGCUGUCGGUCGCGUGGCACGCGACCCGCCUCGCGCGCGGCCUGACCCCCGACUCGACGGCGCUCGUGCUCGGCGGCGGGCCCAUCGGGUGCGCCGUGUUCCUCGCCCUCCGCGCGCAGGGGCUGACCAAGAUCGUCGUCAGCGAGCCCACGCCCGCGAGGCGCGAGAUGUUGGUUGCGCUCGGGGCGGAGCCGGGGCGGGUCCUCUCGCCCGCCGGCGACGACGUCGUGGCCGCUGUGAUGGAGCUGUCGGGCGGGGCGCGCGGCGCGCACGCUGUGUUUGAGUGCGCCGGGCUCCCGGUCACGCUGGGCACGGCGCUGGCGGCGCUGCGGCCGCGGGGGACUAUCGUCAACGUCGCGGUCCGCGCGGCGCCGGUGCCCGAGGUCGACCUCAACAUGUACGUGUACAAGGAGGCGACGCUGGUGAGCUCCCUCUCCUACCGGGACGAGGACUAUGAGGAGGUCAUUGAGGCGCUGGGCAGUGGGAGGAUGGACCCCGCGCCGAUGGUCACUGGCAAGAUCGAGAUGGGGGACCUGGUUGAGAAGGGGAUCAAGGUCCUGUCCAAGCCUGGGCAGCAGCACUGCAAGAUCUUGGUUGACGUGCAGCAAAAGGGCGGCUCGUCGAACAUUUGA